AUGGAAAUGGAAAUGCAAAUGCAAAUGAAGAAAGAAAAAAUGAAGUUGAAGUUAAUCGAGAUGGAGAGUGCAGUGAAAGAAGCUGAAAUCAUAGAAAUGGAAGAUACAGGUUCAGAAUUAACUUCAGCAGCGACAAAAUCGACGAAUCGAGAACGUCACUCUUCAAAAUACCCUCCAGUGUCUACAACUAUACACAAUCAGGAGUUAGACAAAAAUCAGAUUGUUUCGGACUGGGUCAAUGCUAUAAAUCCCAGUCAAAUUGAUGAUUACCCGAACCCUGUUAUUCAAAAUAAGGUUGAAUCAGAUGUUGAUAAACUAUGCAAAGCCUUGAGUGAAGUUUUGAGAACUGUCAAUCCAGCGCCCACAAAAGUGAAACCUGAUGCCUUUUUUGCACGACAAUCUAUAGAAAGAGAAUGUCCAAUAUUUGAUGGAAAAUCAGAAGACUGGCCGAUAUUCAUCUCUCAUUUCAGGAAAAUAUCCACAAUGUGCGACUAUACAAAGGAAGAGUCAAUGAUGAAUUUACAAAAAUGUCUGAGGGGAGAAGCAAAACAAGCCGUUGCUGGGCAGGAUAACAUAAGACUUACUCUUCCUAGACGGAUCAUCCAAGGUCCUGAACAUCUACCAAUAGCAACCAAGACUCACCUCGGCUGGAUCCUUCAUGGGAAUACUUCCGGCAGGACAGAAGAAAAAUAUAUUUUUCAUAUAUGCGACAAUAAUCUUUCCGACGAAAAAUUUCAUGUAUGCGACAAUCCUUAUUCAGACGAAAUGCUUCAUAAGUUAGUGAAAGAAUCAUUCACGUUGGAUGCCUUCGGUGUUUCGGCUUCAGCACAAACAAAAAGAGAUAAAGAAAAUGAUAGAGCUGUUGAUGUAAUGAAACGCACCAUAAAUCGAAUCGGGCAAAGAUUCGAAAUAGGACUACUUUGGAAAGAAGAUGAUAUGAAAUUACCAGAAAGUAAAUCAGUCGCCUAUCGAAGACUAUUAUGCGUCGAAAAACAGAUGCUGAAAGAUGAUAUCUUCAAAAAGAAAUAUUGUGAUAACAUCCAGAAAUACAUAGAUAAAGGAUAUGCACGCAAACUGACCGGAGAAGAAGCGAAGAAAGAAGGAGCAAGAACUUGGUACCUUCCUCAUUUUGGUGUAAUCAACCCACAUAAACCCCAGAAACUCCGACUUGUAUUUGACGCUGCAGCUAAAUCUCAUGGAAUAUCUUUGAACAGUAAUCUUCUUGCUGGUCCCGAUUACCUUCAAUCUCUAGUGGCAGUUUUGAUAAGAUUCAGGGAAAGAAAAGUUGCAUUUUCUAGUGACAUUCGAGAAAUGUUUCAUCAAGUCAGAAUAACAGAAAUAGACCAAGAUUCUCAACGGUUUUUGUGGAGAAACGUUGGAACAUCGGAGAGAGUAAUAGAAGCAAUAACCAGACGUCACUAUGUUGAUGAUUAUUUGGACUGUGUUGAUUCUCCUCUAGAAGCAUACAAUCUUAUAACAGAAGUAAGCAGAACACAAUCUGAAGCGGGUUUCGAAUUGGUGAAUUGGACUACCAAUUCAAAAGAACUGAUGAAAAUGAUGUCCUUCGAUGAAAAUCUAAAUAAAGAUCUGAACCUUGAUAUGGAGAUGUCUCUGCAAAGAGUUCUAGGACUGUCAUGGAGCUCAGCUGAAGAUAAACUCGUUUUCAAGUUGAAUUUCCAUCCUGAACAGAAUCGAGAGAGACCUACGAAACGACAUGUGCUGAGAAUAAUAAUGUCUGUUUUUGAUCCACUCGGUUUUCUUGUGAACUUCAUUAUUCGAGGCAGGAUUUUGGUCCAAGAUAUUUGGCGAAGUGGCAUUGGAUGGGAUGACUUCAUAGAUGAUGACAUAUAUAAAACAUGGUUAUUAUGGCUAGCAGAUCUACAAAAAGUGAUCAGUUUAAAAAUUCCGCGGUGUUAUUCCCUUAAAAUUCCUGUAGCUGAAAGUAUCGAAUUGCAUGUCUUUUGUGAUAGCAGCAAAAAAGCGUUUGCAGCUGUUGCAUAUUUGCGAAUAAUACAUGCUUGCGGCAUAGACAUUUCAUUUGUAUUUGCCAAAGCCAGGGUUUCUCCAACCAAACCCAUAUCUAUUCCUAGGCUAGAAUUACAAGCAGCAGUAAUGGGAACCAGAAUAGCGAAGACACUCAAGAACGAACUUGAUAUUAAAAUUAAUCAAACAUAUUUUUGGACAGACUCGUCUACAGUGCUCUAUUGGAUUUGUAGCGAUGGAAGACAGUUGGGACAAUUUGAAUCGCAUAGAGUUGGAGAAAUUCAGGAAUCGUCCGAGACAAAAGAAUGGAAUUGGAUACCAACGAAACUCAACAUUGCCGAUCUAGCUACAAGGACAUACAAUGAAGAUGGUAGUAACUCUAUAAAUUUCGAAAAUUGGUUCCUAGGGCCGACGUUCUUACUCCAAAAAGACAAGACAAAAUGGCCAACAAAAAAUUUUUCUCGGAAUCCUUCCAGUGGAAACAAGGAAGAAUUUGAAAAUUGCGUUUUGACCAUCUUUCAAGAUCAAUCUGCACUACCAGAUAUAAAAAGAUUCUCUAAAUGGAUCAAAUUAAUAAGAACCACUGCUAGAGUUUUAAAGUUCAUUAAAAUACUAAGGAACUCAAUAUCUUUGGAUAGCAGAAUCGAAAAAGCGCUGAAACUUGAUGACAUUCAAGAAGCUGAGGUUUUCUGGAUUAGACAGUGCCAAAAAGAAAGUUUCUACGGUGAAAUCAUGGAAAUACAACGAAGACAAAAAACUGAAGGACAAAGUAGACUUCGCAAACUUAUGCCCAUGAUCGAUAGUAGAGGUAUUCUAGUGAUUCAGGGAAGAACUAAUUUGGCACCUUUCAUGAAAGAAUCUGCAAAGCAUCCAAUAAUAUUACCAAAUAAGCACCCCUUCACACGUCUCCUGAUACAGCAUUAUCAUGAAAAAUACGGACACCAAGGAAUUGAAUUAGUUCUCAAUGAAUUAAGGCAAAAUUAUUGGAUCAUAGACGGUCGCUCAGCUGUUAAAUCAGUCUUUGCCAGCUGUCAAUUUUGUAGAAUAAGGAGAGCUAAACCGCAAGUACCGGUGAUGGGACAGCUGCCAGUAGAAAGAUUAACACCCAGAGUGAAACCCUUUACAUUUACUGGAAUUGACUACUUCGGACCUCUAACUGUAACAGUUGGUAGAAGACACGAAAAGAGAUGGGGAGUUUUAUUCACUUGUUUGACGAUCCGAGCAGUCCAUCUCGAAGUAACCCAUUCCCUUUCUACAGACUCAACAAUCAUGGCGUUGAGAAGGUUCAUAGCAAGACGAGGACGACCAAAAACAAUUUUUUCGGACAAUGGUACAAAUCUACAUGGAGCUAUGGAUGAAUUAAAAAGAGCUAUUAGAAACAUUGACCAAAAUAAAGUUGAAAACGAUAUGCAGCUAAAAGAAAUCGAAUGGAAGAACAUUCCACCUGCAGCUCCUCACAUGGGGGGAGUAUGGGAACGACUUAUUCGUUCCGUUAAAAAAACCUUUCAUGUCAUUUUAGCGACACAAAGGUUAAAAGACGAACUAUUGUUGACACUCUUUGCUGAAAUUGAGAACAUGAUCAACACUAGACCAAUUACUAAAGUCUCUAAUGAUCCAGAUGACUGGGAAGCUUUGACGCCAAAUCAUUUCCUCCUUGGAACCUCCAAUGGUGAUUGUUUUGGAGAAAUGGGAAAUAUAGAAUUGAAACGAGAAUGGAGGAAAGUACAAAGAAUUACAAAUGAGUACUGGAAAAGAUGGAUGAAGGAGUACUUACCAAGACUGACCAAGAGAAAUGUAUGGUGUAAUGAUAGUAAACCAAUCACGAAGGGAGAUAUUGUUAUAAUAAUUGAAGAUAAUGUCUUGAGAAACUCUUGGAAAUUAGGCAGAGUUGAAGAAGUUUUUCCUGGUCCAGACGUUCGAAUAAGAGUAGCCAACGUCAAAACCAAGAAUGGAAUUUUAAAACGACCCGUAACAAAAUUAGCGAGAGUGAUAGAACAGACCUAA